CUUUUACUCUUCUUUAUCAGUCAUGGCUGGCUUGGCACCUGAAGGUUCUCAAUUUGAUGCUCGUCAAUUUGAUGCUAAAAUGACAGAGCUGCUUGGGACUGAACAGCAGGAGUUCUUUACAUCAUAUGAUGAGGUUCAUGACAGUUUCGAUGCCAUGGGUUUGCAAGAAAAUCUUCUUAGGGGCAUCUAUGCCUAUGGUUUUGAGAAGCCAUCUGCUAUCCAGCAAAGGGGUAUUGUUCCUUUCUGCAAGGGUCUUGAUGUGAUCCAACAGGCACAAUCUGGUACAGGAAAGACAGCAACUUUCUGCUCUGGGAUUCUCCAGCAGCUUGAUUACAGCUUAGUCGAAUGUCAGGCUCUGGUUCUGGCUCCAACCCGUGAGCUUGCCCAACAGAUUGAGAAGGUUAUGCGAGCACUUGGUGACUAUCUUGGUGUGAAGGUUCAUGCCUGUGUAGGAGGUACCAGUGUCCGUGAGGAUCAGCGUAUCCUUCAAAGUGGUGUUCAUGUGGUUGUUGGUACUCCUGGUCGUGUAUUUGAUAUGUUGCGUAGGCAGUCUCUUCGCCCUGACCACAUCAAGAUGUUUGUUCUGGAUGAAGCUGAUGAAAUGCUCUCAAGAGGUUUCAAGGAUCAGAUUUAUGAUAUUUUCCAAUUGCUGCCACCAAAGAUUCAAGUUGGUGUUUUCUCUGCUACAAUGCCACCAGAGGCUCUUGAAAUUACUAGGAAGUUCAUGAACAAGCCUGUGAGGAUCCUUGUGAAGCGUGAUGAGCUCACUCUUGAAGGUAUCAAGCAAUUUUAUGUCAAUGUUGACAAGGAAGAGUGGAAGCUUGAAACUCUUUGCGAUCUUUAUGAGACCUUAGCCAUCACCCAGAGUGUCAUCUUUGUGAACACCAGGCGUAAGGUUGAUUGGCUCACUGAUAAGAUGCGCAGCCGUGAUCACACAGUAUCUGCCACUCAUGGAGACAUGGACCAGAACACUAGAGAUAUCAUUAUGCGAGAGUUCCGAUCUGGAUCAUCUCGUGUGCUCAUCACUACUGAUCUUCUGGCACGUGGUAUUGAUGUGCAGCAAGUAUCCCUUGUGAUUAACUAUGACCUGCCUACUCAGCCAGAAAACUACUUGCAUCGUAUUGGUCGUAGUGGACGAUUUGGAAGGAAGGGUGUAGCUAUCAAUUUUGUCACAAAGGAUGAUGAAAGGAUGCUUUUUGACAUUCAGAAGUUUUACAAUGUUGUAAUUGAGGAGCUGCCAGCCAAUGUGGCCGAUCUUCUUUGAGGUGGUUUUGGUUCUGUGAGGUGAAUUUUUCGUUAUAUUAAGUAAUUUAAUAUUUUAUUGUUAGGUUAGUUAGAACCGCAGUGGACUAAAACUUGGAAACUGCAGUUUCUGUGAUUCGCCGUGGGAAUUGUAGUUUUCCAAUUUGGUUGGACUUAUUUACAAAUUUUGUUGGUUUGUCAUUUUGUAUUGUAAGUCCACAACAACUUCAGGUUUUGGAUGUCUUUGAAUUUAGUAUAUUUCAUUUUAAUCCUUGGCCUUUUUUUUUCGUUUUGUUGUAUGGGAACGCUUGUGACGACAAUAUGUUCAUCUGUAUUGUGUGA